AUGGAUAGUUCAUAUCUGUGGUGGAUUAUUCUGAUGGGUAUUGGUUCGACCACAGCUGUUUCAUUUUACCAACCGAAGUUUUGUCCAAAUGUAACGUGGAAUACAAAGGCUACAACAUUUGUAGGGACCAAUGUUAUUGGUACGCAGCUUAUGUCGAUCUUCAUCGAUACCAAUGACAAUAUAUACGUGUCCAGCACCCAAUAUAACCAAGUCAUUGUAUGGAGUAAAAAUAGCACUACUCCAACAGCAUAUAUUUCUGGCAAUUUAAAGCAGCCCUGUGGGCUUUUUGUUACUACAGCAGGUGAUAUUUUUGUUGACAACGGCUUUUCAUAUGGUCGAAUAGAAAGAUUUUCAUCAAACGGAACACAAUACAGUCCUGCCAUGUAUAUCAGUUCAUAUUGUAAUGGGCUGUUUAUUGACGCCAACGACACACUAUACUGUUCGAUAAAUCAAGCACAUGUCGUUGUUAAAAGAUCAUUAAAUAGCAACUCAAGUGCUACUUCAAUCGCUGCUGGCAAGUCAAACAACAGUGGAUAUGCAUUAGACAAGCUGUAUAAACCGAAUGGUCUCUUUGUUGACAACGACUUUAACCUAUAUGUAGCAGACUCUGGAAAUGCUCGAAUCCAGCGAUUCCAACUUGAUCAAUUGAAUGCAACCACAAUAGUAGGAAACGGUUCGAAUCAAUCUGUGCCACUCAGUUAUCCUACAGGAAUCAUGUUCGAUGCCGAUAAUAAUUUGUACAUUGCUGAUUACCACGCUAAUCGCAUUAUAAUAUUUGCUGCCGGCGGUUAUCGUUGCCUUCCAUCAUGCUCGACUACUGCGGGUCCAGGAUCUACUCAGCUGAAUGCGCCUUCGUGUAUGGCUUUUGAUCGUUACGGAAAUAUGUUCGUAGCUGAUCAACUAAAUGGUCGUGUUCAGAAAUUUACUCUUUUAACUAAUUCAUGCGAUUCAACGACGCUUGCCCCCUCAACGACACAAGUUAUAACAGGAUCUACCACAUUGACAACAUCGACAACUACAUCAGUAUCCUCACAGUAUAUAUCAUCGACCGAGGACGCGACAACGGAACCAUCACGGGUAUCGACAACUACCACAACGACGAUCACCUCUCAAAUAAUACUUUCGAAUCAAAGUUGUUCUCCGAAUGUUACGAUUGUUCCAACAGCAUCAAGAUUGAGUUCACCAUUGCAAGUUCGUCGCAGUCAGAAUUUUUAUUUUGUAUCAUUGAUUACACUCGGUUGCUCUCAAUUAUUCUCGAUCUCGACAAGCUGGACAAUUACCUACUGUACAUCAACAUGUUCUAAGCAGGUUCAAAUAAACGGAACAAUUCUUACCACGUACAGUGAUUUAUACAUUCCAGCUCAAGCACUUUCAUAUGGAAUUUAUAAGUUCGAAUUAACAGUAACAAUGGUUGAUAUGCCUUCGUUACAGACAACAUCGUCAGUUUACGUUCAUAUUAUCCCAUCAGCUGUCACAGCAAAUCUCAUCCAAUAUGGAACCUCGAUGGUCACCAUCGGAUACAAUCAAGAUCUGUUACUUGAUCCCGGAUCAUUUUCCGUUGACUUAGAUGAAUCAUAUUUCAAUGCUACGAACUGGAAGUACAAGUACUACUGUCGAAUCUACGGUCAAUAUAACUUUCCUAAUUUUCAAGGAUCAUUAAUCACGAUUGAUGAUCCAACGGUUGACCCUUUCAAUCGACCAUGUUUGUCCAAUCAAACCGAAUGGCAGUUUGGUAAUUCUAUCCAUUCAUCCGUAACAAUUCUCUCUCAUUCGCUCCAGUCCAAUCGCACAUAUCAAUUCAUGGUUUUGAUGGAGAAUCGCGAUAAUUCCUCUCUCCAAGGAAUUGGUUAUCUUCUCAUCAAUGUUGAAGAUACUCCAAAACAAUUGAUUGGUGUCGGAUGUAUCAUUCAAACAAUGUGUGUUCCAAAUAUGGAAUUUCAGUUGGUUAAUCCAUCAACACAAGUCGCAUUAUUCUCUGCAUGUCUUAGCAACUGUUCGACUAUUAUAAAUAUCACUUGGAAUAUUUAUUCGGGAUCGAUGAACUCGUCUUCAAAUGUUACUCAAUGGACUUUAUUCAACCAAACAAACUCCUACGAAAACAUUUGGUUUUUUGGACGAAACACGAGUAAUUUCACAUCAAUAAAUCAACUAUUCCUAAUGAAUCCACAAGUCAGUCUUUGGCGAUUUGAAGCUCUUUAUCAAUUUGCAUCUGAAUCAAGCUCCAGCGCAUUGAAUUUCGUCAUCAAUCAACCACCAUCGAAUGGUUCGUGCUCGAUCUUUCCAUUAGCUGGUACAACCGACACAUUAUUCACCAUUUCGUGUUCAAAUUGGUUUGAUGAAGAUGGUAUCAAAGACUAUUCUCUCUAUUUCUGGGCACCUGAAAAGGUCGAGCGAUCAAUGGUCACCUUUUCUGUCAUUUCCACCUUUCAAGUUCGAUUACCAGCGACUAGUCGAAAUACUUCCCUAACCUAUCUAACGAUUUCUAUUCGAGAUGAACACGAUAGUAUUCAGGAAGUCAACAUUACCUCAGUGACAGUCACUGAAGAUUUAUCGGAAAUAAAUGAUUUACUGAACAAUAAAACAUCGAAUUCGAUUGUUCAACUGCUUUCCGGCAGCAAUCAAAAUACUGCUGGACAAAUUUUGAGUUCAUUAUCUCAACAAUUGAAUCAGUUGAACCUACAAAAUCUUGACGAAGCCGUGUCAAACCAAAUUCCAUUAUCUACAAUUUCAAUUUCUCAAUUGGACCAACAAAGAACACCACAAGCACUUUCCCUGUCGAAUAGUUCGGCAAUGAACAACUUCACUAAAAAUUUGAAUUCUCAAGCAAAUGUUCGAGAAUAUCUGAUCAAUUUUACUGAAACUUUUCCGAUAUUCACAUCGAAUAGUAUCGCGUUUCAAGCAUUCAUUCUCUCUCAAUUAACAGAAGCAACAAAUCAAUUGACACGAUCAUCAGCGAUAACGGCGUCGAAUAAAUGCUAUCAGUUGGCGAAUAAUCUAAAUGCAAUAUCAACAAAAAUUACUUACGAAGACGUCCAGAUUAGUGCUGAACAAAUAACGAAAUGUAUUACAAAUGUUUUAACAGCUAUCAAUGGACCAUUGCAAGGACGAACAACAGCUCUUGAUCUGGACUAUUCUCGUGCUAAUGANUGA